AUUGCUCCACACUAAACGUCAUCUUAACGUAUCUUAACCUCAAACUCUAAAAACUUUAGAUUUUAGGCAAAUAUUUUCGAUUUCGACUUUAUUGUUGUGAUGGAUUUUCAUGAUAUCAGGUCAUAUCCAAUAAUUUCAACAUCUUGAUUGUUAUUUUCAAUUAAAUAAUUAAAAUUGAUAAUGGGUUAUAAAGCAGCUGUCCAAAUCCUAAAACAAGCAGAAGAUUUAAAAAACAAGGUAUUAAAGAAAAGUGAUUUAUUAUCGGAUUCCCAGGCAUGGACGGAUCAACAGAAAUUGCAAAAUAUUUACCAUCAAGCACUGGUACUUGAUUUAGAAUAUGCACUAGACAAGAAAGUGGAGCAAGAUUUGUGGAAUAUCGGUUUUAAAAAUCACAUCUCGGUAUUACAAGAGUUGACACGCGACAAAAAGAAUGCUAGAAGAUCUGAAUGUCAGGCGCUUUUAACUUGGUGUUUAGAGGCCGCUUCUGGAUUUUAUUUGACGCUUUUGCAUGAAUUAUGCAACGUAUUUGACAUUGAUUUACCGUUUAGAAGACGAGGAAAUGUUUAUGGGGAAACAAUAAAUCAUUCAAAUGAACUUAAUUUGCCUCAAUCGUCAUCUUGUGUUUAUAUUUGCCAAUAUUGUUUGGUACAUUUAGGAGAUAUUGCUAGAUAUAGAAAUCAAAGAAAGCAAGCUGAAAAUUUUUACAAACAAGCAAUUUUGGUGUCCCCAACUAGUGGUCAUCCUUACAACCAAUUAGCUCUCUUGGAAGCAAGUCAAGGUGAUAAAUUAUCAACUGUCUUUUAUUACAUUAGAGGAAUAGCGGUAAAAAAUCCUUUCCCAGCAUCCACCACCAAUUUAUUGAGCACUUUAAGUUCGUCUCUUGAUAAAGAAAAUCCAUUAGAGAAAAUUCAUAGUAAAAUCACAGUAAACGAGUUUAUUCAAAUUUUUUUGUGCACUCAUGCUCUUCUACACACUGCUACUGAUUUAGCCCAGGCUGAAGUAGGAGUUAAAAGUUUAAAUACGACAAUGACGGCUUUAGUAGCAACUCAGAGUUUUACAAGAGAGAAAUUGAUUAAAAUUACUGCAAUCAAUUUGUACGCAUUAAAACAUGUAACUUUAACGGAUGAAUUGACCAAAGAUGAAAAAAUUGCCAGACAACACAUUUUGGAUCUUUUAGCUGGAUCGUUGAGUGCUUUUUUAAUUCCAGUUCAUACGCUAAAAAAUGACGAAAAUUUAUUGGAUUAUUACGCACUUCCUGCAGUAAAACUUCUAACGUACUGGAUUAUGAACGAAUCGAAAAUCCUUAAUGAAAUUGUUUUCACUAAUCGACUGCAAAUUUGGCCGAGUUUGUGCAAACUUUUGAAUAAUGUGCAGGAAUACAUGAAAAAUUUCGAUUAUACCAAAUAUGCAAAAACACCACUUCUUGAAGAUAAGUUAUUACAAGGUUUCCGGCCUUUGAUAAAAAAUUUCAAAGAGUUAGAUUUUAAGGAUAUUGAGGAUGAAAAAACCGAAAAUUUAAUUCGAAUGCAACGUUUGAUUGAUUUUGGUUUGUUUAUCAGCAAGUUGGAUGUGAAUAAUACUAAAUUAAUAACAACGAGUGUUGAAAGUGAUAAAAUUAAUUUUGAACCGGGUUGCAUCCAACCAGAUCCUACUAAUGACUUAUUAGAGGAAAUGAAAUCGUUUCAUAUCACUGAUAUUUCACCAAUUUCUAAUAAAAAAGGUUGUGAAAAAAGGGGUGGUAUUUUAAAGCCGCAAGGUUCUUUGGAAAAAUCCCGCGAAGAACGCGAAUUAUUAUCAUCGGGAGAACCAAGUCUUAUGUCCGAUUUGAGUAAUUCCAGUUCGUCUUCAAAUAACAGUAAAAAAGACUUUUCAAAAAAUAAACGAUCGAAGCAAAAUAUAGCUCUACAGUCGAUUUUUAAAAAAAUCGAAGAGAAUAAACAAGUGAAAUUUAAAGUCGAAGAAAAAGAAAAAUUGGUCACUUUUGACCCCAAACCCAUUUCCUCUCCUUCCACUUCCCAAUUUAAUCCCCCAUUACGGACCCAAUCCUUCAACCAGAAUCAUCCAGCCUUUCCCAUCCCUCCUCCCAACCAACCUGAUUAUCUCAAUACUCUCCGAAACGUAACAAAACCUCAACCAAAUUCGAUAAUUCCGUUUCAAAAUCCUCAUAAUUUCAAUCAACGCAUCGCACCUCCGUUUCAUUUAAACCCCUAUAAAAUGGAGGAACCGAAUUCGCCUUGGUGGCCUAACACAUCACAGAAUUACCAACGACCUGAUAAUUUCCAAAUGAAUUAUGCCUUUAGCAAUAAUAUGCCCUACAUGCCCGAUUAUAAUAAGACACAAAGUAAUCAAGCAGCCGGCGAUAUGUUUAAUUCACCUUGGAAUAAUUUCAGUAGGAGUAACUUACUUGAAACUAAUAUGAAUUAUGAAAAUGGGGGAUUAUCAAUGAGACAGACGAUGCUUAAAGAGUCGGGGCCACCAAGACCUAGUCAUGAUAAUUUCAUGCAAAAUUCAACAACAUCUCCUGGUUACUCGUUAUUUAAUACGAAUACUUGGACGCCGAAUUUAGUGGGACAGUUGAGGAAUAAUAAAUCACAGGAUAAUCAAGUAAAUCAUUUGCCUCAACAUUCUUUGUUUUCUGGACAGGGACCACAGUCGUUGGCCCAACUAUUGGAACAACAACAGUCUCAAAAAAAUGAUGUUUAGGUUUCAUAAAAUCAGUUUUUUGUUGAUAGUUGGUCAUAGUGUAAUGUACUUUUAACAAUUAAUAAAUUAGUAUUCGUUUUUAAA